CAACAGUUGUGUGCAGCGAUGCAGUUGAACAGGUUCUUGUUCCAAGGAAUAGAAAGCAGGUAGUUUGAUCACAUCACAAUAGUUUGAUCACAGAACACUAGUACAUUUAUCAGACUGCAGUGCCUCAAUAGGACUGAUUCAACCAGGGAUGAAGGUGACUCAGCUAGACUGUCUGUGUGUGAUUCUUCUAUAUCUCCUACACACAGCAGGCUCUGAGAAGUUUGAGGUUCUUGGUCCAACUGAUCCCAUUGUUGCUGUAGCUGGUGAUGACAUCAUUCUGCCCUGUUACCUCAAACCCAACAUCAGUGCUGAGGACAUGACAGUGGACUGGCUGAACCUGGACUUCUUAGACGGUCGUGUUUUUCGUUACCAAAACCACAGAAUCAUACGAGAUGAUCAGAUUCCCUACUAUAGAGGAAGAACUUCACUGUUUGAAGAGGAACUGUGGAGGGGAAACACCUCUUUGAAACUGACCAGGGUACAAGGCACUGAUGAGGGACAUUACAAAUGUUUUAUUAAGGCAAAGAGCUGGUAUGAUGAUUUCACUAUUCAAGUCCUCGUUAAAGCUGUAGGAUCCAAGCCAGUGGUGUCCAUUGAGGGACACAGAGAGGGAGGGAUGGGUCUGCUGUGUGAAACAGAAGGCUGGCACCCUGAGCCUGAGCUGGUGUGGCUGGACAGUAAAGGAGUCCAUCUCUCUGCUGGUCGUCCUGAGAUACACAGAGACUUAGAUGGAUUCUACAGAGUCAAACAACAUGUCAUUGUCCAGGAGACUGACACCAACCGCUUUACCUGCAGAGUCCAACAGAGCCGGAUCAAUGAGAAGAUGGAGACAGAGAUUCACCUCCCUAGUGAGUUAUUUGAUACAACCCCAUGGAGAAUGGCCUUCAUUGUGUUAUGCUGUCUGGGAGCCAUUGCUGUGAUUGGUUUAUCUCUGGCUAUCUACUACAUGUGUAAUAAGAAAGGUGAAUAACAUGUUGACACUGAAGACUGAUUUUAAUCUCCAGGUGAAUAACAUGUUGACACUGAGGACUGAGGUUAACCAUCAGGUGAUUAACAUGCUAAUCAGGUGUGAUAAUAGAUCAACUCAAUCUGCAGUGGGGAAAGUAUUAUCCUUACCUGGGGGAGGCAGGGGCGGCAGGUAGCCUAGUGGUUAGAGCGUUGGAUUGGGAACUGGCAGGUUGCAAGAUCAAAUCCCCAAGCUGACAAGGUAAAAAUAUGUUUUUCUGCCCCUGAGCAAGGCAGUUAACCCACUGUUCCUAGGCGGUCAUUGAAAAUAAGAAUGUGUUCUUAACUGACUUGCCUAGUUAAAUAAAGGUAAAAUGAACUCUGAUAUACCUGGAUCACUGAUAGACCAGUCACAUUUCAUUCAUUAAACUAAGAAGUGGUAGUGGGUAGAAUAUCUUCAUUGGAGAAGUUGUCUCACAGAGGUACGCUGGACUCAUUUUUGUGGUGGAACUCAAUUAGGAUUUAUGACAUUAGAGAAGUAAAAUGAGACAAGGAGUCCCAGAGAGAGACUACAUCUUCUAGUGUUCAUGUUAAUGAUGUUCUCACUGUCUCCCAUCU